AUGUUACUAGAUGGACCAAACAAUAACGCUCUUGUAACAUUCAACAUCUCUUAUUCAGUGCUAGAAGAAACUUUGACUGCUGAGCUGUAUGAGGCAGAUUCUGAAAUUGCAGAGGCUUGGUUCGAUCAAGCCGCUGAGUAUUGGAAGCAGGCUAUAGCGCUUACUCCCGGACCGUCCAUAAGCCAAACCACGACCCCUUUUGGCACCUUAUAUGUGUUCCACGAUCCCUUAACUCUAAAAGCCAACUCAAACUCAAAGAUAGUUGGGACAGCUGAAGGAACAUCGAUAACAUCCUCGUUGAAUGGACUGCAGAGCAUAUCUAUUGCUAAGAUCACUUUGAUGAUGAAUCAUUACAAAGGCUCAAUAUCAGUUGUGGGAGGCACACACAAUACAAAGCCAUCUAACCAUCCCGUUGUCGGAGGAACUGGUGAUUUUCUGUUUGUUCAAGGUUACGUGACAUCUUCUCCAGUAGAUCUGUCUGGGAUCACUGUUACUUAUAAGAUCCAGUUUCACCUCUAUUGGCCUCCCUAUGCCAUUCCAAGUCAUCCCAAGUAA